UGGACGUGUCUCUGGCUCGGUAUCACAUUGUAAUUCACCGGUUUUGUCACCAGAGUGGUGUCACACUUCCAAUCCUUCAACCAAAACGCCUACUUUUGCCAAAUUAUUUGUAUGAUCAUUGCUAUCUGUUGCGUUCUGACUGCCCUUCACUACAUCUUGGAUAUAUCGGUAAUUGUCUAUGACCAACAGUUCUCUAUCUUGAAAUACAUCUGCUACACCCAAAUAUUCGUCACCAGCGAUUUAGUGACUGCUAUUCACCUGGCGAUAGGUGUUGGGCUUACUUAUUCUGCCCUCUCCGGAGGCUAUUCGACCCAUCUUGAUACGCACCUCUUGGUUGCGGGUCUUGCAUUUAAGGUAUGUUCUUUAUCGGUUUGCAUUAUCCUCUGGUUGAUAUUCCUCAGGCGUGUAUUCCAGGCCUCUGAAUUGGUAGAACCCGGAUAUAAACCAAUAUUUCAACACUUAAGCAGCAUUUCUGCCAUGAAGAUGUUCCCGCGUUAUGCCUCGGUGGGGAUUAUCUGUAUCUAUGUCUGUGCAAUUUUCGGGGUGGUGAAAUUUGCACAGGGAUGGAUCGGGUACUUGAUGGUGACGGGGCCAUGCUUCCUCGUUUUAGAUGCGGGUAUGGUGGCUAUAACUGGGGUUGUAAUAUCUUUUCCAGGUGCGUAUCCGAGAAUUGUUGUUGGUUGCGAUAUUUCCGUCAAGGAUGACGAGUGGGUGUUUUCAGUGUUGGGGAAGGAUACAGGAAAGAUCGGCAACCUGGCGGAGUUCCUUCCUGGCGGAGUUCCUUCCUGGUAUUUACCAUGGACCUGUCUAGAUCCCUACUCAUUAAACUGUGUUUCGUUGUUUUAUCACAUAGCCUAGGUAUUAGACAUUGGAUGAGCUGACCGUAUGCGUUAUUUGCAUAAGCAAU